CUGACUAAGGAAAUCCUCGCGUUAAAUCCUCUGACUGACUCCAGACUGCUGCUUCUUACCGGCAUAGAGCACCCAGCAGUGCGCACACGUGUCUCGCCAUGUCAGUCCUCCCCGAUCUCUUCGCGCACAUCGAUAAGAACCAGGAUCUUUAUGUGAAGAGACUGGCAGAAUGGGUUGCAAUCCAGAGUGUAUCAGCUUGGCCAGAGAAACGAGGAGAAAUCAAGAAGAUGAUGGAAGUCGCAGCCAAGGAAAUUGAGCGUCUUGGAGGAUCGACAGAGUUGGUGGACAUCGGCAAACAAAAGCUUCCCGAUGGCUCAGAGAUCCCCCUUCCUCCUAUUCUCCUGGGUAUUCUCGGUACUGAUCCUGGUAAGAAGACCGUGUGUGUGUACGGCCAUCUGGAUGUCCAGCCAGCAGCUCUCGAGGACGGUUGGGACAGUGAGCCUUUUGUUUUGGAGGAAAGAGAUGGGAAGUUAUAUGGGAGAGGAUCCACAGAUGACAAAGGUCCAGUGCUUGCGUGGCUUAAUUGCAUAGAGGCUUAUCAGCAAACAAAACAGGAAGUCCCUGUCAACCUAAAAUUCUGCUUUGAGGGAAUGGAAGAGUCUGGAUCAGAAGGACUGGAUGACCUGAUUUUUGCCAAAAAAGAUACCUUUUUUAAGGAUGUGGACUAUGUUUGCAUUUCUGACAACUACUGGCUCGGCAAGAACAAACCAUGUAUUACCUACGGCCUCCGGGGGAUCUGCUAUUUUUUCAUUGAGGUCGAAUGCAGCAAUAAAGAUCUUCAUUCAGGGGUAUAUGGAGGCUCCGUUCACGAAGCAAUGACUGAUCUUAUUGCACUCAUGGGCAGUUUACUGGACAAAAAAGGGAAAAUUCUUAUUCCUGGAAUAAACGAGGCAGUGGCACCUUUGACAGAAGAGGAGAAGACUAUUUAUGAUAAAAUUGAUUUUGAUCUUGAAGACUUUGCAAGUGACAUUGGUGCUGGAAAACUACUUCAUGAUUCAAAGCACAAAAUCCUGAUGCACCGGUGGAGAUAUCCAUCUCUGUCUCUUCACGGUAUCGAGGGAGCUUUUUCUGCAGGGGGGGCAAAAACGGUCAUCCCACGAAAAGUCAUCGGCAAGUUCUCUAUAAGACUAGUGCCAGACAUGGAACCAGAGCAAGUGAAAAAACAGGUUGAAGAUUACCUUACUAAAAAGUUCAAAGAGCUGGGAAGUCCAAACAAGUUCCAAGUUACUAUGGGCCACGGUGGGAGGCCUUGGGUGUCUGAUUUCAACCAUCCUCACUACGUCGCCGGUAGGAACGCCAUGAAAACGGUUUUUAAUGUCGAACCUGACUUAACCAGAGAGGGUGGAAGCAUCCCGGUCACGCUCACCUUCCAAGAGGCAACUGGCAAGAAUGUUAUGCUGCUUCCCGUGGGUUCCUCUGAUGAUGGUGCACACUCUCAAAAUGAAAAACUAAACAGGUAUAAUUACAUCCAGGGAGUGAAGCUGCUGGGAGCUUACCUGUAUGAGGUUUCCCAGUUGGAAUAAAGUCGACAGACAAGCCAAGACAAUGACUGACUGACUUUUUUUUACCAUAUUUACAUCUGAUGGAAAAACUGAUAAUUCGUUGUUUUAUAUGUGCUGAGAAAGCUGCCACAAUAAACAGUGCAACCCAAACUAUUUAUGCUGUACUUUCUAAUUUUCA